UCGGAGGGGAGGCGAGAUGUAAGGUAGAGGCGCAAGUAAAUACCUGAGGCCAGAGUGUGAUGACGCAGUAGCCUUCAGGUCGUGAAUGUGAUCUCUGCAGGUGCAGUCAGAAGAACAGUAAAUAAAAAUAAAAUCUCACGUGUGUAAGCAAGGUCAGUACAUUGCUCAAAAUAAGGCUUAUUCAGUAAAAAGGUCUCUGGGCGGCUUUGCUGAGCAGGGCUCCGUAAGGUACUGCCUUCAGUUUUACAGGCCAGGCAAGAAUUCAUAUCAGCUCCAAGCAGAAUUUGCAGUAUGGUUGGCUGGCUUAUAUGUUGGGAGACAGAGCUACAAAAAAGUUCACUGAAUACAGCAAAAUCUUUACAGUGGAUGGAAACUUAUCUUCUGGGAAGGGCAAGCUUGCACAGCUAAUUGCAGAAAAACUAGGAAUGAAAUAUUUCCCAGAAGCAGACAUCCAUUACCUAGACAGAAUCACAGGAGACGGAACAUUGCUGCAUGAGAAAUUUAAUGGUUUCUGUAACCUAGAGAGAUUUUACAAUGAUCCAAAAUGCUCUGAUGGACACUCUUACCGACUGCAGGCUUGGCUGUUUGGUAACCGUGUUUUACAGUAUGCUGAUGCGUUGGAACAUCUGCUGAGCACAGGACAAGGUGUGGUGAUGGAGCGCUCUCCCUACAGUGACUUUGUAUUUCUGGAUGCAAUGUUUAAACAAGGCUAUAUCCACAAGCGAUGUCUUGAUCACUACAAGGAGAUCAAAGAGAUCAGCAUUUGUGAAUUCCUGCCACCUCACUUGGUCAUUUAUAUAGAUGUACCUGUCCCAGAGGUGCAGAAGAGGAUUCAAGAGAAAGGCAAGCCAUAUGAGAAGAAGGUGUCUUCUUUGUAUCUCCAGAACAUUGAGGAUGCUUACAAGAAAACCUUCUUACCAGAGAUCAGUGAGACCAGCGAAGUUCUGCAGUACACAGCCACUGAGGCAGAGGAUGUGGAGAAGGUAAUUGAAGACAUUGAGUACCUGAAGUUUGACAAGGGGCCAUGGCUGGAGCAGGAUGAUGUUUCUUUCCAUCAUUUGAGACUUUAUGUUCAGGACAAAGAUGGAGUGCUGGACCCUGCAGCCAUCCCUCGCUUCAUUCCAGAAAUCACAAUUGGAGGCAGUGAAUAUGAUAAAAUCUAUUACGAGUAUCGAUCGCUCCUCUGCAGUGCCGGGGAGCCAAGGUAAUACAGCUCAAAAAGCCUCUGCCUGCCCCUCGGCCCGGGACCGCAGGGCAGCGCUCACUGUGGGACGGCUCAGCCCAGCGAGGAAAGCUCUGGCAGCGGCCCCUGCCCUCUCCAGGCUCUGCUCUCGGGUACCCCGCGUCUGUGGUGCUGGCACCUGGGGUGAGUGUUAACACACUGUAAGUACCACUAGGAAAGCUUCAAUAAUCGAAGGUACUUGGGGGCUGUUAUUGGCAUAUGAUUUUUUGCAGGUAACAUUUUACUGCACCAGCUCUAGGUCAAACCUCUGCUCUAAACCUAUAUAAACCUGUGUUCUCCCUCUGGAAUUUAAAAGGGAAACAACAUGUGUUUUAUUACAAGUUCCCAGUGCAAACCUCUGUCCCUCUCACCAACUGUACUUUUAUUAAAAAAUCUGGGCAUGCCUUAGGAUCUCAGAAAUCAUUGCACCUCAAGCAAAAGGUCAAACCCUUGAUAUAAAAUGGGACUGGGAAAAAGAAGGGUUGGUCUUUCCAAGCCCUCGUUUUAUCCUGACCGUUGCUGUGUACUCACAUCCUUGCAUGUUUUCACACCUUUUCCAGUGCUGCUUUUGACAAUCAACCGCAUGACUGCUGUAGACCUGUUUAUUGCCUCACUUGCAGUAAAGGGAAGGACUGAGCCAGGCCACAACCUUGAGUCACACCUGAUGGUGCCAUCCAGAGAGGCUGGGACGUGGGCUGGAGCCACAGGUGCCCUUACACCUGAGCCCAGAACCUGGUUUGAAUGCUGGCUGCAGCUCCUUGCAGGGCAGGCGCAGAGAUGAGGAGCCAAGAUCUUCACGACAAUGGAAUGGGGAUUUGGGGAAGCAAGCUGGGUACAAGGAAAAUCUUCCAGGAGCGGCUGGAAGGAGCAAGUCCUGAUAUGCAUCCUUCUGGUGCAAGUGCUGCUUGCCGCUGUCAUUAGCAAAGGAUUCUUCUGACUCAGCCAGGGUGGCGUCAGCUGGUACCAGGCACCUCAGGGAAAGCUGCAAGGAGUCCUGCAGCCCGCAUCCAGGCUGUCCCCAGAACCUGUUCCCAGAAAAGGUGGUCUCUCCUUUGGAAGUCUUCUCUAGCAUGGUGCUUUAUGAGCAAAACAACUAGAAUGAUUUUUGGUGCUUGAGUGUGGUUUGCUCAGUGGGCUUUCCUCAUUUGUAUGUAGCUUAUUUUUUGGUAUGAGUAACAGAAAUACAGCUGUCAGGUCAGCUCAGCAGUUGUUUGAUCCCACAAGUCCCUGCCCUUGGCUACAUCAUAUGACAUUGAGUUCCCCAAGGCGAAUUGUGUGAAAAGAUGCUUUUUUUUCAUCACUUCUGAAUUUACUGUCUCUUCAUUUCUGCUGAAUGCGCUUUUGUUUGCAGAGCGUGAAUGCAAGCUCUGUCCCUGGGACCAGGAUGGCCCCCAAUGCUGGGCACCAGAGGACCUCAAAGACGCAUUUUCUUGAAUGCGCUGAUUUUCAGAAGAGCCCUCCAAGGCAGGGCAAUUACUCUGGCUUUGUGCGACAAUCUCGAUCCAGGAGAUGGCCCAAGAGGAAGAUGGAGAGAGAGGCACAGAGAAGACCCACUUGGAGGGGGGAGGGAAGCCAGCCAGCUCUAGCAAGAAGAGCUCUGAACCCCUCUUUGUGUUGCUGGACUCGCGUAGCAGUGACCCCGUCCUUUCUCUGCCCUCGCGUGAGUGCAAGUGCUGCGAAAGUGCCUGGGAACCAGUGGCAGAGCAGGGGCUGGGGCUGACAGGGCUGGUACUGCGCUCGUUCCCUCCUCAGCCCUUUCCUCCUCUGCAGCUUAGGCUGCUCUCUCCAAUUCACUUUUCGUUGUGUUGCCUCUGUUCAUCCACUUGGAAGCCUGAGCGCGCUUGCUUAUGCUCCCGUGCUGUGCUCCCUGGGCAUACUGAGGCACCAGCCCCUGAGCACCCCAGCAGAGCCCUGUGGCGUGGAUGCUCCCUGGGGCUCACAGCCUGCUCCAUAUGCAUCCUGUCCCCAUUCUUUGGUGCAUCCCCGUAGCUGUUCCCUGCUGCUGAGACGGCUGCCCUGACUGAGAUGCUCCAAUCCUGCUCCAGUGCAGCUCUUGCCUGUGCUUGCUUCCUAUGGCCUGAGGCACUCUGUGUCCCCUGAUGCUUAGCAAGGGCUGUGGCAAUUGCCAGAGGCUAAGUGUCCCUGAGCUCUGCGUCCCCUUUUGCUCCUGUCUGGAGGAUGCCUGCACAGAUCAGGAUGCACUGAGGAGGCAACGGCUGCUCAGUAGAGUUUCCAGGAGGAAAUCCCUUCCAGAGCCAUUGCUGACUCUUGUGAGCAAAAGGGAAGCCUGCCUUCUGGUUAAAUGGGAGCAAAAGGCGAUUAAUUGGAGGAGCAACCCGGGCAUCAGGAGGAGAAAUGCUCCAGCAUAACCAUGAGGGACAGGUCAGUGGCAGGGAGGCUGGGGGACAAGCCAGGGCUCUGUGAUGGGACGCGCUUCCCCAUCCAGGGCCUGGCAGUGCCACCCAGGAGCUGCGAUGCCCCCACCAACUCAGCUGGGGCUUGCUCUGCAAGGACAGCAUGCUUCAUGGUAGUCUGUGGCCAUGUCUAUGGCACCCCCCAGAUAUGGGGACUGAAAAGUGUCCCCUAAGUGUCACUAGAGGUCACUGCCGCACUGGCUUGGCUCUGGAGCCUGCUCCUCACCUGGACAGCCAGCCAAGCUGAGGAGCAAAGGAGAGAGCCCCAAGGAGCUGGGGCCAUGCUGCACAGCCCAGCUGCAGCUUUUGCAGGAGCAGAUGCUGACGGAGAGAUUUAGCUUGGGAGAGGACUCAUGCACUGGAGGAUGCUGAGCAGGGAGGUGAUGCUGUUGGACACUUUUGUUGCCUCUGGGCUGUGUCCCAGCCCUGCUCUCCUCUUGUUGGAGCUCCAGGACUCAAACCUGUUGAAACUCAUGGCCCUGAACAGAAAGAGCACAGAGGGCAGGGAGCAGUGAGAAGCAAAUGACUUGGUGGUGGUCGCAUAGCCAAGCUCCCCUUCUUACUGAAGGAGCUGGGGCAAAGAAACAGCCAAGUGUCCUCCUAAAAGUGAGGGUUGGGAAGAACGCAGGUUCAUCUUUCUGGGUAAACCCUGGCAGAUAAUGUUGAGUUCUAAGUGUUGGGAGCCUGUGUGGGUCUCUGUUUGCUCAGGAAGGUGGGUUUUUAUGUUUCCGUAGUCAUCUGCUUAUGAGGGGUUUUUUUGGUUUUCUGUUUUUGUUUUUGGUUUUUUUUUUCCUUAGAAGCAUCCAGGUAAAACUCUUCAAUACUUUUGAUCUUUGGGGGUUGUUUUAUGUUUGCUUGAAUUUUCUUUUUUAUCUUGCAGUUCCCUAAUGCUUUUGGUAAUCACAGUAGGAAUUACAUCUUCCUUGUUUUGCAGCUGCAGCGGAGAGCUGAAAGCAACCUGUUCCUCCGUAGUUUGUGCUGAUCCCACAGUGAUCCUGGCAAAAUAGGUCUGACUGGUAUACUUCAGGCACCAGAUCUGUGUUGCAGUUGACUCCAGCACCUCCACAGCCCUCCCCAAAUGAGGCCCCUACUCCCACACUGGAUGGAGGAGCGCAGGCACCCACCGGGGAGUGUCUCGGUGAGAACUGGUCAGCCCUGAAACAAAAGAAGUAUGUGGGACAGGACCUCACCGUGGCCUGCAAUCCACCCCAGGUACCAGGAGGAGAGAGGAUGGAGUGGUCGCUCUUCCCUCCCUAAGUCCCAUCCCCCCCGCACUGCUUGAUGCGAGCAAGUUGUCUGAAGGAACAGAAAUAGCUGCCACUUUUGGAGGUGUUUCUCACCUCCGUGAAAACAAACAGGGCUGAUUUGUUUCUUAAUUGCUUGUCCACGGGAGCUGCGAGGCUUCGUCUGUGUGGGGUGGGAGCUGGGAGUUUUGCUCCUUUUGAUCGUGUGCUCUUUUGCCCCAGCUUCAAAGAUCUCUUUGGUUUUCUGCUCUCUUUUAUGUCCCAUCUCUUGAAGUCACACUCCUGCACGAAGGCACAAACCCAGGACAGCUUGAAGGGUUCCAAAUGCAAUUAUUUUGCAGAGUGUUUCAAUAAAUUAGCAGCUAAUUUCUUUGCCAGACAGUACUUACUUUUCAGUUGGCCUACGUCUGUGCAGCCCGCAGUGUGUGUCGGACCUUUAGCCUUGGGGAUGUGAGCUUGGGAGGAUGGAGGUGGGCAUGCUUAGCUGUGAUGCAGACCUGGAUGGGAUUCUGUGUGGGUUUUUGCCCAGUAAAACAAUGAUCUGCAAUUUCACCUCAGUUGGAGAUUUCCCCAGAUUGGAUUUUGCAAUGUAAAAUCAAGGAAUUCCUUCCAGUGAGUUGUCCCUGUGAAAUGGGAAUGUGAAGUACCAGUGCCCAGAGCUGCUGCUGGAGAAGAAAGGUUGGCACAGACAUCCGUGGAUAUUUUUUUUAAUAGCCUUUUAUUUAUUACACUGCUUUGGAGUCUGAUUCACUCGCUUGCUCGAUAUUUAUUAGUACUUCACCUGCCUUGGACUGGGAGCUGCAAGCACUUUGAUAAAUGGAUUGCCUUUCCUGGAACGAUGUCCCAACAUCAGCUAAUCAGUAUCCUCAGUGUGAUUGCCAAAGUACCACUCUUGUAAAUCAAGGAUGGCAAGGAGAAAAACCCUGAGCGCCAGCAGCAUAGGUCUUGCUUGGGGGCAGGAUGGUGGCCCAAGCACCCAUCUCCCCAUCUCCAUGGGGUUCGGUGCUUGGAUAAGGGAUUGCUCCACUUGUCUGAGCUCUCCAUUUAAUUCAGGGCUGUCUCCGUUGUAAUUGCAGACAGUGCUGCUCUGCCACUCUACUCUAGUUGUACUGAGAGGCUGCAUUGCCUUGUUGGCCUGGCUCAGAGCUCUGCCAGAGGAGCCAGGCCGUGCUUCGUGCAGCUGAGUACCAAUACCUGGUUGCAGCUGGCCAUCACGUGCAGGAAAGGUGACUCCCUGUCUUUGGUAACAGAAAAAGUGCCAUUAAGCAGCAGACCUGCUUGCUGUAGGAUGUCUUGGGUGCCAGACAGCUACACGGCCUCAAAAAAUGAGCUGACUGAUGCAUGGUAGGAAAACCCCGCGGGGUCUGUGAGAAACUGGAUUGUGGGCUCUGGUCUGGGAAGUCCCUGGGCUCCUGAAUCCCUGGUGCUGGGAGCACAGGCUAGGCUCAGCUGCUAAGCGGGUUGCAUGAGGAACACUUUACCAUUUCAGAGAUUUUCCACCUUGUGCUGCCAGUGGGUAGGUUUGGGCUUUCUGACUGAGGGUUUGCUGCAGCUGAAGCAUCACCGCCAUGCCCAGGUGCCCACUGAGCCUGUUUGUGUCUGCAGUGCCUUCAGCCUCCCCUUAGGGGUCUCUGCAGUCCAGCAGCUGCUCCAUGCCCACCUUUGCACACACCGUGCAGGGAGGGCAGCCAUUCCCAGUGCCCUUUGCAUACCAGCUUCUGCCCACGCUCACUGCAGAGAGGUGCUAUCGUACCCCAGGCUUACAGGACUGAGGUGCACAAGGAUCGGGUCUUUCUAGGAAAACAACUGGAAACAACAGCUAAAGGUGACCCUGCUGUCUUGUGUGAACAGCCUCCCCGGGCUGGGGUCAAGGAAGCUUGGGACAUUUCACCAGGUGCCUCGUGGGUGUGAUCACAGCUUUUUCCUGUAACGUCUCAUGUCUGCUAGCAGCCUCCAAUAAAGAUCCGGCUCUUUCCUCAGCCGGUCAGUCAACCAUGUCUCUCCUCUCACCCCUCUCUCUGAUUUUCACAAAACUGGCAGGAAUCGGGAGCUGUACCCUGCUGCUGAACUUGCUGGGGAUAGGUCGCUGGGGAUGGUGUGGGGAGUUGCAAAGCAGGUGACAGAGCGUGGCCGUGUAUGGUGCUUUCUCAGAAAUGCCCAGGCUUGAGCAGAGAAGGUGAGUGAAGAGUCACAG